UCAUCUGUGUGUAUCCGUUCUUUCCUCAUUUCUAGUUCGUUUCGUUUGUCAUCUUUUUUCAACCUCUCUCAAUUAUGUCGAACCAACAAGCCCCAACUCGUCCAUGGUUUCGUUUAGCAUCCAUUUCAAGGCCCACACCCCAAGCACCUACUCCAACACCUGAACCAGCUCCAGCCCUGCCGCGAUCGACCACUAUUCGACCUGCAUUCCGACCUACAGGUGGUGCUUCCUCCGUUCCACCAUCGCCUGUGUCUGUUGGUAGAGGAUCUCAGCCGUCUUCCCCUUCGGAUAAAAAACCUACGACUGAAGUUAGUUCCACAACUGCUUCCGUGCCUAAUUCCCCGGUGCAAACGCCUCCAACCGUAUCGAGGUCGCCUGCUUUUCCUCCGAAACCGGCGAAGACUUCGUCAUUGCAAUCUUCUCCAGCCAAGUCAGUGGCAACUACUGUCUCUGUUCCAUCUUCUCCAGCGAAGCCAGUGGGAAAUACUACUGCCUCGGUUCCGACUUCACCAGCCAAGACAGCCUCAACUACAACAUCGCUGACUAACUUUCCGAAGACGGCCACCUUUACGACCGCUACGAAUCGUGUGGCUAGCCCUCAAGCAUCGGUACCUACAACGAAACCAGCCAUGCAAUCUCCAGUUCAAUCACCAAAGAUCAAACCACCAACUGCUCCACCACCAUCUCCUUUAACUCUCCCUCCUCCCCAGAUGAGAGCUCAAGCUGAUCACGAACCGAAGAUCCCUGUCGAGGCAGAGCAAAAGACCGUGCUCGUUCAAAAGAUGAUCGACAAGCCCAAGGGGCUUUUCAGUGCGCCUCAAAAGGAUCUUGAGGACACUCGCUAUCCUAGCAUUCAUGGACAGAAAGAGCCGUCCAAGCAUGGUGAAACGAAGGAGAAAGGCAAUGGCAAGAAGCUCUCUUUGCCUUCGGAUUCGGAGGAUUCUGGUAUGAGGGUCAUAACAAUAGCUGGUGAGAACAAAGGUGCUUUCAUGGAGCUAAUCAAAUCACCCCACAGAAAUGGUUUCCAGAACAGUCCUCAUCGUCUCCAAAAGACGGCGACCGGCAGCAGCGACGAGUACCAUAGCUACAGCAGCAGCGGCGAGGAAGGUGAUCGCAAAACGAAGGGCAAGAACAUCGGAUCAAACACCAUGCCGAUGAAUGCAUUCAUGAACAGCAAUGUGCAAGGCGUUAACAACUCGAUCGUCUACAAUUCUUCUUGCACUCACCAUGACCCCGGUGUCCACCUUUCUCUCCAUAGAAAACCAACCGCUGGCGGAUUCCCUGUCAAGGAACGCAGCAAUGGCUACAACAGCUGAAGAAAAAAUAAAGAAUCAACUGGAUUUUAAUUGCUUUGGUUUGUUUUUAAUUAAAUUUAAGAAAACAAUACUUAUGUUUUUGAGAAUAAACAAUAAUAUGAGUGGUGGCUAAAGGGCACAUGGAUUCGGAUUCUUCAGCACCAUUCGUGGUGCCUGAUUGAAGACACUCCAUGUCCAGGCAUUUUAAUAAUGAGAAACCUUGAGAGUAUAUAUGCUAAAUUCCGAGUGUAAUAAAAGUGGAGCAUUUAAA